CCGCAGCUCCCUCCAAGCUGUCUGUGUUCCGUUUUGCUGAUGUAAGGUUGGCUGGUAAGGCCCAUACCGGCUUCUAUUUAUGUUUGCUGUUGCUGGCGAAUCUUAGAUUGUUCGAUUCGCUGACAUUGUGGAUAUGAUGUGCGGAUAAGGAAAGACCAUGUUCCCAAUUAUACACACAGUAAUGACAGUAUUUUUCUUUUAUCGUCGCAUUCAACGCUAUAACCUAGUGCACGUUAUCAGAAUGGCACCGCAACAAUUUGACAACAUCCUUUUCUCCGCCAUUCCCCACGGAUGCUGAUGUCAUGGCGAUGCUGUAAAUAUAGAGCCCUGUUUCGUUUGGAUACGAGGCGACACACUGGGAACCGUAACGGUUUUGUUGAAAGGUUCCCAAUGUUGAACAUGUCCACCCCCAGCGAGCUCAAGUCUCCCUGCAUGACUCGAAACGGCAUGGUCAAACUUCCCCCCCAACCUAACGGCCUGGGUAGCGCCAGCAUCACCAAGGGUACACCUGCCGCCAAGAACCGCCUGUGCCAGUCCUCCUCGGUGCCCUCCAUCCUGCCCCCACCAUCCCCCAUGCCCUAUCAUCACCUUGACCCCCUCAACCCCUUGCCCCCUACUGCUGUCUCGCUCCCGGGGGCUGACCUGGAUGGCAGCAGCCCCCUGAUGGGGCUCAAGCAUUCCCAGCUGCGCCAGCUGCCCCUCACCUUAACCAAGCCCCUGCUCCUGGAGCGCCAGCUGGUCCUGGACGAGAAGCUUCUAAACCGGCUGCUGUGGUACUUCACCACGGCUGAAAAGUGCAUACUGGCCCAGGUGUGUAAGACCUGGAGGAAGGUGCUAUACCAGCCAAAGUUCUGGGAUGGUGUGACGCCCAUCCUCCAUGCCAAGGAGCUGUAUGCCAUGCUGCCCAGUGGGGAAAAGGAGUUUGUCAGCCUGCAAGCCUUUGCCCUUAGGGGCUUCCAGGCCUUCUGCCUGGUGGGAGUGUCGGAUCUGGACAUAUGCGAGUUCAUUGACAACUACCCUCUGUCAAAGAAAGGUGUGAAGUCAGUCAGUCUGAAGAGGUCCACUAUAACAGAUGCAGGUCUCGAGGUGAUGUUGGAGCAGAUGCAGGGCCUAAUGCACCUGGAGCUGUCUGGGUGUAACGACUUCACAGAGGCAGGCCUUUGGUCCAGUCUUAAUGCACGGCUAACUUCCCUUAGUGUUAGCGACUGCAUCAACGUAGCAGAUGACGCCAUUGCUGCCAUCUCCCAGCUACUGCCCAACUUGUCAGAGCUCAGCUUGCAAGCCUAUCAUGUCACUGACACAGCUAUGGCCUACUUCACAGCUAAACAGGGCUACACCACUCACACUCUGCGGCUCCACUCGUGCUGGGAGAUCACUAACCAUGGCGUGGUCAACAUGGUGCACAGCCUGCCCAAUCUGACUGCACUCAGCCUCUCUGGCUGCUCCAAGAUCACGGACGAUGGUGUGGAACUAGUGGCUGAGAACCUACGUAAACUCCGCAGUCUGGACUUGUCCUGGUGCCCGCGCAUCACAGACAUGGCUCUGGAGUAUAUUGCCUGCGACCUGCAUAAGCUUGAGGAACUGGUGCUUGACAGGUGUGUACGGAUCACAGACACAGGUCUAGGGUACCUCUCCACUAUGUCCUCACUAAGGAGCCUCUACCUGCGCUGGUGCUGUCAGGUGCAGGACUUCGGUCUGCAGCAUUUGUUUGGCAUGAGGAGUCUGCGCCUACUCUCUCUUGCAGGCUGUCCCCUCCUGACCACCACUGGCUUAUCCGGUCUAAUCCAGCUCCAGGACUUGGAGGAAUUGGAGCUGACCAACUGUCCUGGGGCAACAGCUGAGCUCUUCAAGUACUACUCCCAGCACCUGCCUCGCUGCAUGGUUAUUGAGUAGGCCCACCAGCCUCUCCUGCUCCUUUUCCUCCUCCACCUAAUGACAACCACAUAGACAGCCACACUACCACCCUUCCUUGUGCGCCUGUGGCUUGUCUUCCCCCUUCACCUCUCCCCCCAACUCAAAAAGAUCUAUCCACGGACCGCCAGACAGAUCAUUUUAUUGGACACAGUUGAAUGAUAUUUUAGAAUAUCAUUUGAUUGUGAAUAUUUCAUCCCUCACCCCAGCAAAUGAUGAUGGAUGAUUCUUGAAUGGAUGGAGUUCUCUCUCCUGUUAUGAAACCAGAAGGGAAACGUGGGGAUGCCAUUCAAUGUCAGUGUCUGUGAAACACUGUUCAAAUAACAUUUACAGAAAAACAAAAAAAGGGGAUGGAAUUGGAACAUCCUGUGGAUUUACGAGGGAUGACAAUACGUUAGCAUUUAUGUUCAGUACAAAUACGGAUUUCAUCAAGA